AUGCUUUUGGACAAAGUAGAUUUUCUGACAAAACAAGCAGAUGAUGAUGGUUGUAUUCCACUGCACUAUGUUGCUAUGAAUCGCAAAAAUGUGGUGGAGAUUACAAAAAUGUUGCUAAAAAAUAAUGAAAGUAGUGCAUACAUCAAACAUAAGAAAGGCAUGACAGCUCUUCACAUUGCAGCUUACAAUGAGUAUUAUGAUCAUAAGAUAAUGAAGGAAAUUCUGACAAGUUGUCCAGAUAGCUACGAAGAAGUUGAUGAUGAAGGCAGAAAUGUUCUACACCAUGCUGUGACGACUACAUAUCUCUCCAACGUAAAAUUCAUCUUAGAACAUGCAUCAUCAUUAAUUUUAAAUAUAAAAGAUAAGGAUGGAAAUACCCCCUUGCUUCAUAUGGCUGCCACUUCCUCAUGGAAUCUGCUUGUUCUAAAAGCUUUGUUGUCUCAUCCCCAAGUGAAUAGGAUGUCACUCAACAACCAAAACAACAAUAUUCGAGAUGUGUAUAUGCUUCAAUUCCCAAUACGCGAGAAGGAACUCAUUAAAAGAUUUAAAGAAUCUAGUCUAGUUACUUCUACGUCGAUUGCAACAGUGACAUUUGCAGCUGGAAUUUCGAUGCCAGGAGGUUACAUAACCGAAGAGGUUGGACAUCGAAAAGAAUCAGGGAGUGCUGCACUGAGGAAUAGCGUAGUAUUCCAGUUCUUCAUCAUAACAAACACAAUGGCCUUGUUGCCCUCUGCUUUAUCGGUUUUUUUUUUUAACAUCCUUCUUAAUAUAACAUAUGUAGAAGGAGAACAUGGUGACGCCAAAUUGAAGAACUACAAGCUCUGCAUGAGAUUAACAAUCUGGGCCCUAGCCUUCAUGAUGCUGGCAUUUGUCACUGGUACAUCCGCAACGUUGUCACUUUCUACUGUCCUCGUCAUCCCCGUUCUUUUUAUUGGAUGGAUUUUCGGCCUUUGCAUAUCAUUCUGGGAGGUUGACGAGAGAAUAAUUUAG